AUGACCGCCAUCUCACCCGUGGCGGACCCUCUUACUGUCCUGCCCCCAGAAAUUGUCCUGCAAAUCUUGCACUUCACCCCGGUCUCCGCCCUUGCGUCCUUGACCGCGGCUUCCAAAGCUUGGCAUCAAUUUAUCGACGUCACUCACCAAGAAACUAUUUACAAAUCCGAAGCCAAAACUGCCCAGCCACUAAGAGGUAGCCGCGAUUUCUCCUUUCUCUCCGAUACCCACAGCUAUGCCAAAGUAUUCGAGGGUACGGAAUCAUGGAAAGACCUAUGCAGGCGCCAAACACUGCUGGCCCGCAAUUGGGCGGAACCGCAUCCUGUCAGCCAGGAAUCAGUGCUACAAAUUGGCAACGAUCCCGUUUGGCGAUUCCGUGCCGACUUUAAGCGCCGCUUUUUUGUUUCCACUUCACAUGCUGGCGGGUUGAACGUCACUGAUAUGGACACUGGCCAUAUCCUUUGGCAACUCCCUUCGGUGCUGGACACCGACGGAGACGGAGUUCGCCCACACGCCCACUUGGAAUAUCAGGAUGGUAUGGCCGUGUUUGAUAGUGAAGGGGAUUCGCUCGAGGUUUGGCAGACGGACCAUGAAGGUGCAAAGCGUGGAGAGUUCCGGCGCAUCGCUACCUUGACCCAUGAUUGCCAGACGAGAGGGUUCCAAUUGUCCUACUGGACUCUUUGUGUCGUUUCCAAUGAGGGCCAGGGCUUUGUGUACGAUAUGAAGCAGCGACCUCCCCAGUUGACCACACACCUGACGAUUGAGCGAGGUGGCAUUGGCCAUUUGGACCAAAGCGAAGACAUUGUAGUAUAUUCGAUGGGAAGAAAAGGCUAUUUUGCAUACAGCAAGGAGUCUGGUGCCUUCUUGGGCACGUUGAAGCCGUGCAACUCCACGGAAAAAUAUCACAUUCUUCCUCCGAAAGCCUCAUCUGUUUCUGCAAGUGCAGCACUAGCAAGCGCUACGCGACUUGGCCCAACACCUCAGCUCCUCCUACCCGGAGCAUUUAGAAAUGAUUGUUUAGUGCCAAUCAAAGUCGCUAAAGGUCCACUGUCACCACCGGAUGACCCAGAUCACGUCUGGCACGGGGAGGAUGAAUGGGGAGCAGGAAUGUUGCACGGCGAUCUCUUCGUGGGCUUCUCUCGCGCUGGUCGUGUUUUCAUAUGCCCCGCCUUUCGCAAGGCUCUCUGUGACGAAGCUAGUCUCGCUACAGAGAGCUUCAUAUUGGAAUGCGAAUCAGAUGGGUUAAGUUUUGACCUUGGUGGCUGGUUAUCAAUCCGCAACCAUCGCGUGAUGUUCGAAAUUCAAGAUCGGAUCUAUGUUGUCGCCCUUGAUGACAACAAUAAGGUUCAGAAUCUGGAGAAUCCUGCCCGUGCCUCGUACUCGCUGCUUACUAGCUCUGCGCCGCAGCUUGCUGUUCCUAUCAGUUAUAUGGCGUUGGCUGAUGAUGCUAUUAUGACUACCUACACCACCCUUGGCUGGCGUGAUUCCAACGUCGCAGAUGGCAUGCCUCCACCGCAAGGCAGAGAUAUUCCCCGAGUUUUUCAUACAAAAGUCAUCCGUAUCCUCAGCCUGGCUCCUAACCUUUCUGACAAAUAUUCUUCUGCCUCCGACGACACCGAUAAGCCCUCAAAGGCAGAAAAAAUUGGUAGUUCUGCCCCAAAUCUGCCAUCCGAAGACGCCUGGCGUACACAGGCCGGGUUGUUACAGCUGCUUACCAUGCUUGGCGAAGAGGCAGAUCUUGAACAGAGCGAUGACGAAGAUGAAUGGGAGAGCGUGGAUGACGCUGAGAGUGAAUUGGAAGGAUGA